CCAUGUUUAGAGUUCAGUUACUUAAUCCGCUCCCUGCAUCUGCCCUCUUUCUUGUCCCUUUUCAUCAUCCCCUCAGCUUCCGCUUCAUCGACCACUCCAAGACAAAGCAGCAUCACCAUGGACAACACCAAUCACACGAUGGCUCCGUCGUCUUCUUCGCGAUCGUCGGUACUCCUCGAUCAGAUACACCAAGAAUUCCAGAACCAGUCCAGGGCCUCUGCUGAAUAUGAAUACAAGUUAGCUGAUCAACUCCAUGAAAUGUACCUGAUCCAACAGCAGAUUUCCGAGUUACUAGCAGCUCAGCUGAAGAUGAGAGAGAGCUAUGAGGCAGAAAUUCAGGACUUGCGAUAUCAGCUCCAAUCUCGUGGUGUGACAACUGUUUCCUCCGAUCUUGCCCCUCCCGGAGUCCACCGGCCGGCCCUUUUCCGCAGGCGACCAGGAGACAAAGCCCCUAACAUAUUGGCGGAUUUGAGCCGAGCUAAUCUUUCCAGUUCCCAAAAGAAAGAGGGAAGAGGUUGGUAUGCGGUAUUCAAUCCGGAGGUGCCAAGGGUACUGGAUAUAGAGCUUGUCCAUCAUUUAGCCCACGAUAGUGUGGCCUGCUGCGUCAGCUUCAGCCCUGAUGGUAAAUACCUUGCCACAGGUUGCAACAGGAUGGUUAGGAUGUUCGAUGUAACAACAGGGGAGAAUGUCAUCACUCUACAGGACGAUCGUCUUAGCCAGCGCCACGAUAUCUACAUCCGCAGCGUUUGCUUCAGUCCCGACGGCAAGUACCUGGCGACCGGAUCAGAGGACAAAAUCGUCACGGUUUGGGAUGUUAGUGCCCGUGUUAUCACGCAUACCUUCCCUGGACAUGAACAAGAUAUCUACUCCCUCACCUUUGCCGGUAACGGCCGAUAUCUCGCUUCUGGCAGUGGAGACAAAACAGUCCGCCUGUGGGAUAUUCUAAGCGGUGAGCUUGUGCACAUUUUCAAUAUUGAAGGUGGCGUGACCGCUGUCGCUGUAUCACCGGACGGCCGGUAUGUGGCUGCUGCGUCGCUUGAUAUGAAUGCCCAGGUGUGGGACACUGCUACUGGGACCAUGGUAGAGCGCUUGGCUGGACCCAAUGGCCACGACAACAGUGUGUACUGUGUUGCAUUCUCACCGAACGGUCGGAAUAUUGUCAGCGGAAGUCUUGACAAUACUUUGAAGAUUUGGGAACUCGGUCCACCUAGAGGAGCACACCCAGGAACUGGUGAUGCAUGUAUACGAACAUUGAAGGGUCACAAGGAUUUCGUCCUAACGACCUGCUGGACUCCCGGUGGCAGCUGGAUUAUAAGCGGCUCGAAGGAUCACGGAUUUCAAUUCUGGGACCCAAGUACCGGUACUGCGCAUAUGCUCGUUCAGGGGCAUAGAAAUUCUGUUCUAUCUGUUGCGGUUAGCAACACGGAUACUCUGAUCGCUACUGGUAGUGGUGACAAGUGUGCACGGAUCUGGAGGUACUCUAGUUAUACUGGACAGUGA